AAAUAUUGAAUAAAGAAGAGAAAAUGACGAGUACAAAGUUGGAAUUUGAUGUAGGGGAAGUGGACAAUGCUCAAUUCGAUCACACCCCAUAUUACUGUGAGGAAAAUGUAUACUUCCUUUGUAAGAAGUUGUGCCAGCAGGGAAUAGCAGAUGCUGAGGGAUCGGAUCUCUUUGUUGCUUUCAUUUCCAAUGAAAAGAAACAGGUUCCUUUAUGGCAUCAAAAAGCCAGCCAGAGAGCAGAUGGGAUUACCCUUUGGGAUUAUCAUGUCAUUUGCAUUCAGAAAAAAAGAGAUGUUGAAACCCCUUAUUUGGUGUGGGAUUUGGAUUCAAGUCUUCCCUUUCCUUCUCCUUUGCCUUUGUACGUAUCUGAAACUAUCCGGCCAUCCUUUCAGCUCUUUGCUGACUACCAGAGAUUCUUUAGGAUUGUACAUGCUCCAUUAUUCCUCCAUUACUUUGCAUCUGAUAGAAGACACAUGAAAGAUUCUGCUGGGAACUGGGUUGCCCAACCUCCUGCUCAUGAACCUAUAGAAGCUAAAGAUGGGACUGUGCACAACUUGAAUGAAUACAUGGAAAUCCACGCCUCCGAUGAGUUGACAAAUCUGGGAGCUGAUUCGAUCAAUUUAGUUUUCACUCAAAAACAUGGUGUGGUGAUAGGUGAAAGCCGACUCGAGGAAUUCUUUUCGCAAAUAUCAUCUCAAAUAUCUUGACCUUCGGUUGCAGUCAAUUACAUCGAUAGCCUAGGGAUUGCAUGUGUAAGCUGUCAUUAGCUUCGAAAAUCAGAUCUGUUACUUUUGAGACAGAAUAAGCUGUUUUUACCACAGGUGCAUGGAGUAAAUAUUUCUGCUUAGUUUUGUAUGUUUGAGGCAGUUUUAUGUUUAGCAAGUGUAUACCAUACAUAUGGUUGCUUUACAUCUGACUGAGAGAACAUUUGAAAUUAUAAUUGUUCAAAUUCUUUUAAACUA